AUGCCGAAAAAAGUGGGAGUAAUUGGAGACAUUUUCACUCGUGGUUUAUCAGGCGGAGAGAAGAAGAGGGCUAGCAUCGCGUGUGAACUUCUCCGAGACCCAGAUAUACUCCUGGUAGACGAACCGACUUCCGGUUUAGACUCCAGCACUGCACACAAACUGAUGAUACAGCUGAAGAACUACGCCACAGAGUAUGACAAGACGAUAGUGACCACGAUACACCAGCCCUCCAGCCAAGUCUUUCAUAUGUUCUCCACCUUACUGCUCCUAGUGGAAGGACAGGUUGUUUACUUAGGCUCUGCGAGUUCUGCGCUUGACUAUUUGACAAUUUUAGAAAUACCAUUUGAGGACGAAUACAACCCAGCCGAUAUACUGUUGGAUGCUGUGACGUCACACAGUGACACAAUCAAUAUCAUAAAACAAGGAGGCUUAGAAAAAAGAUACAACACCACUCGUCAACCUUCCCAAUGUCGAAAGCUUCAAGGCGUGGACACUCAUAGUAAUGAUAAUACAGGCAUGUCUGGAUCGGCUGUUGUGGAGAUUGUCGCUGAUGAACAGGAGACAACUCAUCGAUGGCCCUCGUCAUUCUGGAUUCAGCUAGCAGUUCUAAACUGGAGAUCUUUCAAACAAGCGAAAGGGAACAUUACCUUGCUUGAUGUUGCUGUUCCAGUUGUUUUGGCUGUCACCGUGUCACUUAUUUUCUUCCGCAUUGGGAACAUAGAAACGUCUGCUCGAGACAAAUUCGGUUUGGUUUUCUUCACAUUUGUUUUCAUGGGAUAUGAGAUCUCCUUAGCAACAGUUAGAGGCUUGGAUGCUGAGAGAGGCGUGGUGAAUAAGGAAAGGACCGCGGGUAUCUACAGACUGUCGGCCUACUAUCUGUCUAAGAUGAUCAGUGAGAUACCAGUGGUGUUGAUCAACCCAGUCGUGAUGGUUACCAUUCUUUACUGGGUUGCUGGCCUGGGUGGGGUGGAUGGUUACGUCGUUUACCUCAGUAUCGGGAUACUUUACAACCUACUGAUGCAGAGUGUUGCCCUUGUCAUUGGAUUAUUCAGUGCUGACCUCCGGUUUAAUAUGGUGAUCGUAUUUAUGUGUCUGGAUGCGGGUCUUACCUUAGGAGGAGUAUAUUCUGUUAAUCCCCCGGAGUGGUUAUGGUGGGGAAAAUAUCUGGCCUUUUCCCACUACCCCUCCGCCGCUACACUGACGUACCUAAUGGCGGACAUGCUCCCUGUGUGGUAG